AGACACGCCAAUGAAUCACUGAACCUCACACACAUGCUACAGCUCAGACCGAAAGAAGGAGAAGUGAACCCAGCCAAGCUUUAAGAUGACCAUUGGCAAGAACUCCAGGAAAAAUUCAGUGCGAGGCUCAAUUCGAGCUCCCAAGUUCCUGGACAAAUCCGGUGGCUUCUACGGUCGCCUGGAUGAGCCUGAAAGGGCGCCCCUGGAGGUGGAGUUUGUGGGUGAGAAUGUGACCGAGUGGGAUGUGAUGGAGGGUGGCGCAGAUGUUGUGCAUGUGAGCGAGACAGAUGAGGUGGAGGACAUGCGGGUGUUUCUACCGAUGGAAGACGAUGGCCAGACGCUACUGUGCACUGCACCCAGUCGGCGGAGCAGUGGCAGGUGGCAGAGGAGCUCCAGGAGGAGGCAUAAGCAGGGAAGCUCUCAGGAGAAGUCACCCAGAGACAAGAGGCCCACCCACGUUCUGGAGGUGGCCAUGAAAGAGGAGACUCUGCCUGUGCACCUCGCGUGCCGGGAGGAUGCUGACGACCAGGUGCUGAUCCGAGACCAAAUGAGGAUGAAGAGGGAGCAAGAGGAAGGGAUGAAAGUGGUGAAGAAGAACGCGAUGAAAAUGUAUCGCAAGGCUUUGGACCGAGCUUUUCGCCGAGGCUGGGAGGCAUUCGUGGCCAACAUCUACAGCGUCACCCUCACGCCUGUCAACUCGUCUUCUUCGCCAUCAUCUAAGAAGAAACAUCAGCACAACUUGGUGUUGGCGGAGUUUCAGUAGACGCUCGUAACAGUUUGGACCUUAAAUUCAAGAUGCAGUUUUCCCUGUCACUGUUGUUGAAGUGUGAGGCUUUUGAAAUGUUAAUUAUGUAUUCUAUUGAAUGUCUUUAUUCAUGCUCUAGCUACGUCAGCUCCACUAUAAAGAGCUUUAUUGGGUUUAACGGUAUGAAAACACUAAACAUUGUUGAUGUUUUCCCAUUAAAAAGCAAUGACUGAUUGGUGGACUAUGGCUAUUUUCCACAUGGCCUUAAUUGGUGACAUUUGCAGCUACUAUAUGCUAAUUGUUAAUUGGGUGCGUGCAGGGGAGGCACCCAAAGGAUGUAUUUGUGUAUAAAAACACAGAAACUGUUUUGUAAAACACAUUUCUCUGGAUGUUUGGGUGAAGUGUCUUGACCCAGAGUGGCAAACGUGGAAAUAAACAAGAAGGCUAUGU